AUGGAAAGGUUUCGUGGUCUUCGCAUUGACACGGCUCCAACUCCCGAGCAGCCACAGCCACAGCCGCAGCAACAGCAUAGCUUUGUCAGACCAGUUUAUGCGACCUCAGGUUACACUGGUGCAUCGGGUUACCCUAUUCCGUCUGCAGGAAACUCCUCGUCUGGUUACCCCAGUACGUCCGUUUCUCAGGGAACCAGUUAUGGUGCUCCGAAUAACGGUGGUUACACGGCCGGUUACCGUGGCCCGUACGGCACGUCGGCUGUCCCGGGCACAGCCGGUUACAUCUCCCCGUACGGUUACAACUCCGGUUCAUCUGCCUCCAACGCGUCUUACGGACCCCCGUACCGUGGACCACCCCCAGGGGCGGCGCCCGCCUAUAUUUCCGCCGCUCCCGCAGCUGCACCGCCUUCCGCUUUUGUUUCCGCCACUGGCGCAACCCGGGGGGUGGGAGGCGGAGCAGCCGUCCCCGCGAGCGCAGCAGGCGGAUUUGUGGGCGCAGGAAGAAGCGGAACCAACCCCGCAUGGACGGGCACGUCCGCCGCCUCUGCCGCCGCCGCCGCUAUUCUGGCGGAAGCGGAUAGAGACGAGGACCCGGGGGGGAGACGGAGCUACAGCCACAGCUACAACCAAGGCUACGGCCACGCUAGCGCGCAGAGCGCCAGUCAGGCGCACGCGCCGGGGGGAAACAGUCACGCGGCUUCCCGCGUGUCGUCUGCGCGCUCCUCUAUAAGCAGCUCCAGUAACCGCAGCUCGCCGCGGUCCGACGCGACGGAUAGAAGCGCGCGCAGGGCGCGGCGGAAAGCGUUUACCGCCAGCGGAGCCGGCGCGGGGAACUCCGCCGUUUCCGCGUCCCUGUCCGCGGGCGCGGCGGACAGCGGGGGGAGCUCGGAGGGGAAGCGGCGGGAGCGGUCCGCCCGCGCGCGGUUACCGCGGAAUGGGUCUGUGGGGAGCCUGGUUGGGGAGUCGUCUGGGGGGAAUGGGUCCGGGGCGGUGGCGGGGGGGAGGGGGUCCGCGGAAGAGGACGGGGGAGCGCAGUCGCGGGAGCGGGGGCAGCUGGCGCAUGGGCAGGCGCGCCCAACCUACCAGACGGUCCUGCUGUCCCACGGGCUGACCACGGAAAGCCUCAAGGCGCAGAGGCGGGAGGUGCUGCAGCUGUUCGCAGUGCUGCUCACGGCACAGGACGGGCUGUGGAAGCUCAAGAAGGGGCAGCUUUUAGACCUUAUCUGCCACUCAGACGCCUGGAAGAAGGCACAACAAGCACAAGCAGCACAGCAGGCACAACAGGCUCAACAAACACACCAGGUUCAAAUACGGGCAGUUGCGGGUGGGGAUGAGCGGAGUGCGGUGGGAGAAAGGGUGGUUGAGGCGACGGGCGGUGCUGCUAGGGAUGUGAUGGCUGGUGGGAUAGCGGCCAGGGGUGUGGCAGCAGAUGCAACCAUUCCUGCAGCUCCCACUUCCAGGCCUCCCUCCUCGUCCACACACACCCAAACCUCCACUCCAGCACAGGGGUCUGGGUACGGAGGGUAUGGAGGGCAGGGAGGGCAGGGAGGGCAGCAGGGAGGGCAGCAGCAGGGGGGCCAGGGAGGCACCCUAUGGGCUGGUAGGGCUGCUCCUCCUACUGUGGCGGCUGGAGCAGCAGAGAGAGGGUUGCUGAUGGGUCGAAUGCCCGGGCUAGGAGAAAGAACGAUGAGCUUAGGGGGACGGACUCUGAGUUUGGGAGGUAGGAAUCAGAGCCUGGGGGGUGUCGUGAGGGGGGCGUCUCUGGUGAAGGUUGUACCUGUGAGGAUGGAGGAAGAGGAUGAGGAUGAGGAGGAGGAUUUGUAUGGAGAGGGGUAUGGGGAGGAGGAAGAGGAGGAGGAUUUGUACGGGGAGGAGAGUGGGGGUGUGGUGGGAGGGGGAGUGAGGGAGGAGGAAGAGGAGAGGAGUGUGGAGGGGAGGGAGGCGAAUGGGGUGAGUGAAGGGGAGGAGGGGGAGAGUGGGGAGGAGAGUGAGGGAGAUGGAGAGAGCAGGGGUGGUGGGGGGAAAGAGGAGGAGGACGAGGGGGGAGGAAUGGGGGUGCUUAGACUGCCGAGUAUACGGGUGGGGGAUAUGCGGAGAGUAAUGCAGGAGAAAAGGGAACAGCAGGAGUGGGAGGUGCAGCAACAACAGGAGCGGCAACAGCAGCAGCAACAGCAGCAGCAGCAGCAGCAGGAAGGGGAAGGGGAAGGAGAAGGAAUCUUGAGUGCUACGGCCGCUCUUCUCCCUGCUGUCCCUGCUACGUCCGCCCCUGCUGCUUUCCCCCCUGUUACAUCCGCCCCUGCUGCUGUCCCCCCUGCUACAUCCGCCCCUCCUGCUGUCCCCCCUGCUACAUCCGCCCCUCCUGCUGUCCCCCCUGCUACAUCCGCCCCUCCUGCUGUCCCCCCUGCUGAUACAUUCGCUCCCACUUCUCCUGCCCUAAUCCCUCCUGCUGCUGCUACAGCCGCCCCUGCCCUCAUCCCUGCUCCUGCCGCUACAGCCGCUUUCACCGCCUCGCUGGCAAGCGGCGCUGCUGCCACGUCUGUAGCGGCAGCCAAGGCUGCUCAAGCACUAGCAGCCUACAAACGCUCCUCCACCCCCCCUAGGAGCCCUGUAGAUCACGAUACGUGGGAUUCGGGGGAGGAGGAGGAGGGGGAGGGGAGCGGGGGAUGGGGGGGAGCGAUUGGGAGGAAAGGCAAGGCUGCGAGCUAUGGGGGAGUGACUGGUUCGGAGCGAGGGGGAGGGUCAGGGGAAGGUGGGAGAGUGAUUGGGGGAACGUUAGGUGGGGUGGUUGGGGAGAUGGCAGGAAGGGGACUAGGAGGAGAGUCGGUGAUAAAUGCAGGAGGGGAAGGGAGAGGAGUGAGGGGAGGAGAAGGAGCAGAAGGAGCAGGAGGAGACAUGAAUGUUCCAGGGGCUAGUGUGGCUGGUGGCAGUGCGGUUGGUGGCGGUGUGAUGGAUAGCAGUGCGGUUGGUGCCGGUGUGGCUGGUGGCAGUGUGUGGCAGGGUAGGGAGUGGUUGGGAGGGGUGGAGGUGUUUGGGAGUGCCAUUGACAACAUGUGGAGCCCGCUUCCUGUGUUCAUGGGGGGCAAUGCAGUCGCAGCAGCAAUAGCCGCAUUCUCAAACCCAUCUGCCCUUGCUAUUUAUCCGGUCACCCCUUCAACUAGUGUAAUUAGCGGAAUUACCCCAUCCAGUGGUGUGCCGAAUAGGGUUACCAUACCGGUUACCCCGUCGAGUGUUGUUUCUGGUUACACCCCCGUCGCUCCUCUCCGCACCCCUCCUUCCUUCCUCGCUCGCCAAAACUCCGCCCCUCCUGCUACACCCAUGGGAAAGCCUGGGGGUUUUGCCACUGCUUGGGGUACUGAUGCUGGUGCUGCCGGUGCUGCCGGUGCUGCUGGUGCUGCUGGUGCUACUGCAGCUACUGCUGGCAACACGAACGCUGCUGCUGCCGUUGCUACAGCUGCCACAGCCGCUACAGCCGGCGCUACAGCCGCUCGCUCGUUUUUUGCCACGGAGCUGCGGUGCUCCCUGUGCGGCCACGUGGACCUCUGCCAGCUGGACGCCAGCCUGGCGCGUGACGUGGCGGAGCUGCACGCGUUCCUACGAAGGCAGAAGCAGAUGGAGGAAAGGCAGGGGCAGAAAAGGCAGGUGCAGCAGCAGGGGGGGGAGAAGCUAAGGGAGACGCAGCAGGUGGGGCAGAAGAAUGGGAAGCAGGAGGGGUGCUUGGUUUUGCAGGCGCUGCAGCGAGGGGUGUGGAGGAAUAGAGGACUCACUCAGGAUGUGCUACAGCAGCUGGGAGUGGGCAUGCUGCAGAUCCUCGCUUCCAUUCUUAAGCCGCUCCCGGGAGUGGCGUGGCUGUCAAAAUACGAGCUGGUGGCAACCGUGGUUGCAAAGAGGGAGAAGAGUGAAUUGUGCUUGCUAUUACGGACCUCUUUCUUUUUCCUUCUUCCCUUCCUCUUGCCUUGCUUUCAGAUUCUCGCAUCUAUCCUCAAGCCGCUCCCGGGAGUGGCGUGGCUGUCAAAAGAUGAACUGGUGGGAAUUGUGGUUGCUGAGAGGGAGAGGAGGGAGGCGGAGGGGAAGGAGAGGGUGGAAGAAGAGGAGAGGAGCAGGAGGGAGGGGGAGGAGAGAGGCAGGAGGGAAGAGGAGGAGAGGGAGAGUUGGGAAGAGGAGAAGGAGAGGAAAGAGAAGGAGGAGAGGGAGAGGAGGGAAAAGGAGGAGAGGGAGAGGAGGGAAAAGGAGGAGAGGGAGAGGAGGAAAGCGGAGGAGAGGGAUGGGGAGGAGAGGAGGAGGUGGGAAGAGGAGGAGAGGGAGAGGAGGGAAGCGGAGGAGAGGGAGAGGAGGGAAGUGGAGGAGAGGGAGAAGGGGGAAAAGGAGGAGAGGAACAAGAGGGAAGAGGAGGAGAGGGAGGGGGAGGAGAGGAGGAGGAGGGAAGAGGAGGAGAGGAACAGGAGGGAAGAGGAGAGGGAGAGGAGGGAUGUGGAGGAGAGGGAGAGGAGGGAAGAGGAGGAGAGGAACAGGAGGGAAGAGGAGGAGAGGAACAGGAGGGAAGAGGAGGAGAGGAACAGGAGGGAAGAGGAGGAGAGGAACAGGAGGGAAGAGGAGGAGAGGAACAGGAGGGAAGAGGAGGAGAGGAACAGGAGGGAAGAGGAGGAGAGGAACAGGAGGGAAGAGGAGGAGAGGAACAGGAGGGAAGAGGAGGAGAGGAACAGGAGGGAAGAGGAGGAGAGGAACAGGAGGGAAGAGGAGGAGAGGAACAGGAGGGAAGAGGAGGAGAGGAACAGGAGGGAAGAGGAGGAGAGGAACAGGAGGGAAGAGGAGGAGAGGAACAGGAGGGAAGAGGAGGAGAGGAACAGGAGGGAAGAGGAGGAGAGGAACAGGAGGGAAGAGGAGGAGAGGAACAGGAGGGAAGAGGAGGAGAGGAACAGGAAGGAAGAGAAGGAGAGGAACAGGAAGGAAGAGGAGGAGAGGAACAGGAGGGAAGAGGAGGAGACCACUGCAGCUGCUUCUGCUGCUCCUGCUGCUCCUCCUCCCACUGCUCCUGCUGCUCUCCCUUCCACUCCCGUUGCUCUCCUUCCUACUGCUCCUUCUGCUGCUCCUCCUGCUGCUCCCCCUGCCACUGCUCCUCUAGCUGCUACAGUGAUGCACCCUGCUACAGUGGCACAGUCUGCUACAGUGGCACAUCCUGCUACAGUGGCGCAUCCUGCUACAUUCCCACAUCCUGCAAUAGUCACAGCUCCUCACCCACCUGCAAUAACACCUGCUAUAGUCACAGCUCCUUACCCACCUUCACAAGCACCUGUUUUAGUCACAGCCCCACACGCAACCCCAAUAGCAUCUGUUAUAGUCACACCAUCACACCUACCUGCUAUAGUCACAGCUCCACACCCACCUGUUUCUGUUCUGAGGCCCAAUCCAGCAGGCAGCAUUCACGUCAACUCCCCAUUUCACCUCUCUUCUGCUGCUGCUUCUGGCAAUGCUGCUCUUGGUGCUGGUGCUGCUGGUACUGGUGCUGUUGCUACGGCCCGACUUGCCCCCAUCAAUGUUAACCCCACCCUGCCUGCACCCGAGCAGCUGAGCUCUUUUCAGGAAGCUUUUCAGAGCGGUGCAGGUGGUGUUGAGAGUGGUGUGAAUGGUAGCACUGAAAACGGCUCUUUAGGCCAAUUAGAGGCUCGGGCACUGGCAGCACUGGAAGACGAUCUUAGCUUCAAUGCCAAGGCUGCGGUUCAGGAGCAACGGGCUGCUGCGGAGGCUCGGGCAGUCCUUGCUGAAGCUGAGGAGCAGCUUCGGCGAGCACAGGCUGCAGUGAACCAAGCCAGGGCUGCUGCCUCUGAGGCAACCCACCGGGCCGAAGCUGCUGCAGCAGAGGCUCGGGAGGAGAUGGAUCAGCUGGCGGAGGCUCGGGAGCAGGUUCGGAGGAAGGCUGAGGAGUGUCGGCACGCUUGGGACCGCCACAUCAGCAUCGUGCGCCAGCUGGCGGCUGUAUCUCCUGGCGCGUGUGGCAGGAAAUCUUAUUCCAGAAGGCGUAAGGAGGAGUUUGAAGCGGCAGCAAGGAGUUAUGAGGAGUACUUGACGCUGUGGGAAGAGCUGGAGUGCAUGGGACGAGGGAGCCUGCCGGAAACGCCACAGGCACAGUAA